AUGCCGCGAUUUAAUAUUGGCAAAUACAGGAGAAAGAGAAAGCAGAUGGAGGAGAAAAAACUCGAGCAAAAGGUACAAAGCAGUCGCCAAAUUAUACAGAUCGAAACGGAAAUUGUAGAACGUGAAAUCGUGCUGGCUAAGAAAAGAAAACAAUCGCAUGCAAUGGACGAAAAGCUUAGAAAUCUCGAUGCAACGGUAUGAUAGUAAUUUUCACAUGUAAAUUAAGUCAUAGUAAGAAUAAAAUGUGCCCCUGUUAUUGGCAUUUUCAAACCCUAAUUUAAAAGUGUGUACUAUGUAGAAAUUAACUAUAUAGUAUAUACAGUAUUUAUCAAAAUAUUUCCUUACUCCAAACUGUUGUUUGUGAUAGGUAGAGAACAUAGUUAGUCAGAUAGAAGACCUUGAAGAUAUUAAGCAAGAGCUGAGACAACCUGAUAAAAAGAGUCGAGCUAGUCAAUUGUCUGAAAAGGCACUGCAGAGUAGAAAGGACAAUCCCACUGGUUUUGAAAAUGGUAAAAUUACACUAACAACACCUAAUGCAAGGAUGAGAAGGAAGGAAACCUUUAUGGUUGCCCAGGAAAUCCAUGGAGGUAGCAGUGAAAGUUCAGUACCAGGAGCUGUAGCUUUAGUAGACACUGCCUUAAACAAAUGUAGUUCAAAUGUAUUAGUCGAUGUAAUGUCUGCCAACAAAAAAUUCACCAAGCAUGUUAUGCCGUCUAUAUACAAAGGAAAUUUAAAAGCAUAUGAGUCUUCCGAAGAGAAUAUGAUCAGAAGCGUUAGUGUCUAUUAUUGUGGAGGCAUAGCUGGUAAAAAGAAAUAUCGAAAAAUAUACCGAAAUACGGUAGUUGUUAUAAGACAAGUAAUAGCAGUAAGGGUCGUGUCCGUCUUUCCAUCCAUGAAUGCCCCAUGCCAAGGCUUGUACAAAAUGACAAGCUUAUGCCAUUUAUUAAAUCGGUAAAUGUAGGUAAUAUUUACAGUGUGUACGAUACUCUUUGUGAUGAUCUUGAUAAAGAUGAUAAAGUAUGCGGUUGUUAUCGUAGCUUGAAGGAGCUGCUCCUACGUCUUGCAGAGUUUUACUUGUCUGGCAAAAGUGGUUAUACCCUAACCUGGUUCGGGGAAGAAUAUACCUUUUUAAUAACCUUAGGAGGGGACGGGGCACCAUUUGGGAAAGACGAUACAGCAACUGCCUGGUUGGUAGGAUUCUUGAAUAUAGGACGUGGAGUUUUGAGCAGUAAAGAAAACUAUUUACUCUUUGGGGCAAACUGUUCUGAAAAUUGUAUUCCAAUGCAGAGGUAUAUUAAACUGCUUUUGGCCGAUAUUCAACAUAUUGAGCAAAGUGUAUUCCCGUGUUUGUAGGAUGGGCCCGAGGGUGAGGUAACUGUUAAUGUUAAAUUUUGCGUAGCUGAACUCCCAAAUGACAUGAAAAUGGUAGUCUUUCUAAGUGGGGAGUUAAGCAAUAGUGCUAAACAUUUCUCCUCAUUUGCAGACGUUAGUAAUGAUAGUGCAAAUGAAGUCAAGGGGACUUUUGGGGUAAAGGAAAAUAACACCUGGCAUCCUUGGGAGUAUUCAUCCAGACUAACUGUUGUUAAGAAGGUAGAGGGCUUAAAGAAAACACUUUCGAAGGAGAAAUCGGCAGAUCGCACUAAAAGAUCUAAGAUCACAUCAUUAAUUGCAAAACUGAAAAGCCGGCAAGAGUUUAUUCCCGUGUUAGGUCCCAUUGUUGAUCGAAUUCGCAUUGAACCACUACACUUAAAGAAUAAUGCUUGCGCCCUUGCUCAUCGCUACCUUCUAGAUGAGGUUAUUGCCAUUUCUAGCCUCCCAAAAGCCAUCAAAAAUUUUUCUGAGAUUCCAUCUAGUUCUCCGAUUGUCAGGUAUAUAGGUGUAAUGAAAACCAAAUGCUGCCUUUCUAGACUUGCCAAAAAAAUUAUAAAGUGGUUCAACGAGACACAAGCCGAAGGAAAGAAUUUUGACUACAGAUUUACUGGUAAAGAAUCCAGGGGAUUUUUACAUAAUUUUAUGUAUAUCAUAGGGGUUGUGGAGCCGUCUACACAACCAGGCACUAAGAGGCACUUUACAAUUCAUUUGCUUGCUUUUUUUUUGUCUCACUUUGCGAAAUUGUGUCUCUUUGUUUAGUCGUAUUGAAAUCACAGACACAGACCUGGUUGAGCUUGAGAGUCAUUGUAGGACAUUAUUUACACUUAAUUGCCUUUUCUUCUCUCACCACCCAACAGUGUGGCAUUUAGCCCAUAUUGUUCCACACCACAUGAAAAAAAUGAAGAAAAAAUAUGGCAUGGGCCUUGCGCUCAAUUCGAUGGAAGGUAGGGAAGCCAAACAUAUUUAUUUAUUUAAUAGCUUAGCCCUUGUACAAAUAUUAAUUAUUAGCACAUGGCAGGGAAUCUGCAACAGCGCAAGCCAAUUACUGCAGCCCCUUUAAAACUUAACAACAACAAACAUAAUGAUAAUAUAGGAACGAGUUGUUUCCUUGUCCUCAGAGGCAAGUCAUAAGAUACUACUUGCCACUAAACCAACUUUUAAACUCAUAUAAUAACGAGAGAAACGAUAUAACAAGGAAUACUGCUUGAGGAUAACGAGCUAACUCUUUCCAAAACAUGCAACAGACGAAGACACAAUAUCUACAUGCAACACGAGAUCGGAUUGAUAAGACUACGAACACAAUUACACUUUAGACAGAUUGUUUUGUACGAACGAGGAUCGUCAACGUUGUAAGAAGUUCUUAAUGAAGUCAUAUAAUAUUCAUAAAGAAUAGACUUGAAUGUCGAGAGACCACAAGUCUCCAGUUUUAGUUCUUAGCCAAAUAUAAAAUACGUCGCACCGCGGGGUUGUGGAUGUACAACGUUGACCUUCUGAUAUAGCCCAGUAACUUAUUUUCUUUCGCCGACUGAUCGUGAACUUGUUUGUUCCAGGUGAGUUUAUUCUGGACCCACACUCCAAGAUCACGUUCACUAUUAAUUUGUUCUAAAUUUGAUGAUAGUUUGUAUGUUGUUGUUAGUGGCGUGAAUUUUCUGGUGAUGUGUUGGGCUUUGCACUUCUUGUCGUUUAG